AGUUUGGGGUUUAAGAGGAAAAGCAAAGGGUGAAGGCGGAGGAGUUAAUCAUACGCAGUGGAUUGGGUUUGUCGCGUAGUCGGCUAAUUUUCUCCCCUUCAUCUUCAAAACCUCACCCUUUCGUUUCUCUCUGCCCCUUAACGACUGCAGUCUGCCUCUGCUCUGCUCUGCUCAGAGAGUUCCAUUCCUCUAUGAAGAAAAAUUUUCCAUAAAUUUUCUUCCUAUCCAAACAAGAAAAAGUUUGAAAAAAAGAGAAGAAAAUGUCUCAUUCAGUAUUCCAAACAGCACAAAUCAUGCCUAUCAAUACCCAAAUCAUCCCUUCCUCUAAACCCCACUUAUCUUCAAAACCCUUAUUGCCCCCUUUACUCUGCCGCCCUUCUGUUUUUGCCGGCAAAGUUCGUAAAACCAACGGUGUUAUCGUCAAGGCUACGGCGUCCCCGGCGGUCGAUGGCGACCCUAUUGCCGCCUUGGAACGCUGCUUUCAAGCUUCUCCUUCUAUCGAUUCUCCUGCGUCUUCGUCGUCGUCUUCUUCGGUUAUGUACGCUCCGGUAAUGAAGGGAGGAAAAUACGGUGCGUUUGGUGCGACUACGUUGGAAAAAUCGAAGCUUGAUUUGACCCAGCAGAAGCAGACCAGGUCUAGCCCUGAGCUUUCAACUGGCGGAGGAGGUGGAAAUAUGGGAAAGAAUCUAAAUCAUGGUGGGGGUGAUGGCGGUGACGAUGGUGGUGAUGAUGAUGAUUACUUCGAUGAUUUUGAUGAUGGUGAUGAGGGAGAUGAUGGUGGACUCUUUAGGAGGCGAAUGAUACUGCAGGAGUUGUUUGAUCGUAAAUUUGUUGAUGCCGUGCUGAACGAGUGGCAGAAGACAAUGAUGGAUUUACCAGCUGGACUUCGGCAAGCCUACGAAAUGGGAUUAGUCAGCUCUGCCCAAAUGGUGAAAUUUCUUGCUAUCAAUGCUAGGCCCACCAUCGAGAGAUCUAUUUCUCGGUUACUUCCUCCAGGAUUAUCCAGGGCAUUCAUUGGCAGGUAAUAUAUCAUUAUUACAGUACUCAAAA